AAGACAAGUCUUGUCGAGACCUUCAUCAAGAUGCAGAUCUUCGUCAAGACCCUUACGGGUAAGACUAUCACCCUUGAGGUGGAGUCCUCCGACACCAUCGACAAUGUCAAGUCCAAGAUCCAGGACAAGGAGGGUAUCCCCCCGGACCAGCAGCGUCUGAUCUUCGCUGGUAAGCAGCUCGAGGACGGCCGUACUCUUUCGGACUACAACAUCCAGAAGGAGUCCACCCUCCACCUCGUGCUCCGCCUGCGUGGUGGUGGUAAGAAGCGCAAGAAGAAGGUCUACACCACCCCCAAGAAGAUCAAGCACAAGCACAAGAAGACCAAGCUCGCCGUCCUCAAGUACUACAAGGUCGACGGUGAUGGCAAGAUUGAGCGUCUUCGCCGCGAGUGCCCCUCCCCUGAGUGCGGUGCCGGUAUCUUCAUGGCUGCCAUGCACAACCGCCAGUACUGCGGCAAGUGCCACCUCACCUACGUCUUCGACGAGUCCAAGUAAAUUGGUCUUUGACGAGUCGCCUAUCUUUCGCUGAAGCUGGGAU